AUGACAAGCGACACUUAUGAAAUCGUCAAUCCCUUUAAAAUAGAGAUUGACAAAGGCAACAAGCAUAAACGAUUCUUUGAAAAAGGGCUCAAUGCACUCUUAGCCGACCCACACUUUUUGCUCCUCUACGUGCCAGAAGAUGAAGGCAGCAAGAUGCAAGUUGUACGACCUGCCAACGAUACAUAUCACCAAAAACGCAUAAAAAGAAAGAUUAACGAAGCGAAAGGCAUUCCAUCUUUUUAUUAUGCGUUGUCGCAUCUUUGGGGACUUUCAGAAGACAACCGAUAUUAUUGGGAUGAAAUCAAGGACUACGUGGAUGACGAAAAUGGAAAUCCCAUGGAAUCCGUUUCCAUGCGACCAGAAAAACGCGAUCCAUUACUUGCAUUGCUCAAAGAUCAUCCCGGCAGUUAUUGGUGGAUUGAUGUCUUGUGUGCACGUAGAUCUACGCCAUUGGAUAUUAUGGGUGAUAUCUAUUCUUGUUGCCUUGAAUGUAUUGCCAUGAUCGAUUGUGAACCUACCUUGAUACCACAACUCCUUCCACUGGUGGAAGAGGGAGUAUUUUCUGAUGAAGACGACAUCAAUCGUUAUCAAAAGCUAUCCAAGCUGGUACAUCUACUAUUCAAAUUAAGGCAAAGCCGAUGGUGGAAUCGUGUGUGGACUUGGCAGGAGAUGGCUCUACCUUUUGGAGAAGUGUGUCUUAUGGCAGAAAAAGGCACUCAUCAACCUCAACGUAACACAAUCACCGUGGAUGAUCUACUUGACAAGUUUGGAGAUGUGCCAUACUUUACACUAAAUAUAGAGUAUCGUUGCAAGGAUGUCAUCGGGCUUUUUGGUAUGUCAAAGUUACAAGAAUUAGACGAGUGGAUUCGCGAGAUAGCGUUUGCUAGAAAAUCCAAUAAGCAACGUGUUGGAGUUAAGGUACCACGGGAAUUCUACAAUAUCAUUGACGCACUGGGUAAGUCCCAGAGGCAUUGUUAUGAUCCUGUGGAUUACGUGUAUGGUGUCCUCGGGAUGUUCGAGAUAAACAUCGAAAGGAUGAGCGACCCGGUUCAAGUUUGGCGGCGUUUCGUGUCCGAGCUUGAUAAUUAUAUGGAAAAGAAUGGCUUUAAGAUUGAGGAGACAUUCGACAGCAUGAGCAGCAAUUCUUAUAAAAUCAGCUAUCGUGCACUUCAAGUCAAUUUACUGGAAGUUAAAAAUAUGACUGACGUCUACAAAGAUCUGCUUGAAAUGAGUUCAACGUUCGAUGACAGGGAAUAA